AUGGCCAUUGGCCAGAGAACCCGUGUUCUGUCCUCUCCUCUCCUGUCCUGUGUUGUCGUGUCGUUCGUGCGGAAGUUAGGUGCCGAAGCGGGAAUUGACGAUAUACAAGAGUCUGAUCCCGAUAGUUGUCCUCAUGAUGAGGGAGAAGUUCGUGAAGAUGAAGACGAAACGGAAGAAGACUCCGAGGACUCGGAUAAAUCUGAAGGCGAUGACGAAGAAGAAGAGAUCGAUGUUCUGCAAGACAACGACGCAGAUGAUGAGGAUACAGACGAUGAAGAUGACGACGAGGAUGCGCCAGAGGUUAAGAACUUACUGCACGAGCAUAACAACAAACGCUCGAGUAAUCUCACCGCAUUGCUGGAGGCUGCCGCCAAUGUGAAAGCACCUGUGGCAUGA